AGCAGCAAUGAGAGACAUUUUGCUCCCUCAGAUAAUUUAGUCAGCGGUUUCACGCACACCUUCUGAGCAUGCUCAGUGGUAUCGAUUUCAUAUCAACAAACAUGGCGAACACACGCCAUUCUAGAAGUAAAAGAGUCGACUAUAAGGCUUUAAACUCAUUUUCUUCCGCUGAUAUCCAUGAUAAACUUACUACAAGGAAACGGCAUAUAUGUGGGUCUCGAAUAUAUCAAGUUGAAAGAAUCAUAAGCCGGCGAUCRACAAAGAACAAGGAUUUUGAAUACCUAAUAAAGUGGGAGAACUGGCCACUUUGGACUUGCACAUGGGAGCCCUCAAUACAUUUAGACGACCAUCUUAUCAGGGCAUACGAGAAUCCUCCAGUGACUCCUCAAAGAAUACAGUACAGUGCGGCUUUGUUAUUGGAAGCAAUUUUAUCGAUUCUGAAAUCCAAUKCCACGAAGAUACUUUAUUCUGUUGAAGUUAGGAUAGAUCAUGAUGUUAUAAGRCAUGUAUUCUGUGGAAAAGGCAGAGAAACGGCUGACAAACGUUAUAUGAUGUAUGAAAAAGAUGAUUUUAGAAAAUUAAACCUUCCAGACUUCUGGUAUUAUUAUAUAAAUGAACUUGGUCAAGGGAUUAAAGUUGAUUUCCCAAUGAAGUUGAAGACUGUUCUAAAUAUGGGUAAAAAACGACAUUUAUACUCUAAUGGUCGAGUUAAACCAGCUCCUAGCUCUCCAAUAGAAAAAGUAUUUCUUAUUAUAAAUAGGAAGGCUUGUGAUAUUAACAACAUUUGAUUUUUAUUUUGAUAUUACUUUUAUAUACAUGUAAUAAUUAGCUUACAAUAAAUAAUGAAAURCAAUAAAUAAUUGAUUAAAUUAUUGUAUAGAAUAUAAAUAGAUUUCUUUUGAUAUAAAUAGAUARAUAUCAUAAGAUACUCUUGAAAAAUUAAUUAGA